CAAUAUACCUCACCCAACUUUCCCAAAUUCUCACUACCUCCAUCGUUGCUAUUUUCUUCAUAUCCAAUCAUUCUUCCAAUUUUUUCCCGUGCUAUUUGGUUCUUCCCAUGUGUUUCCAGCAAUAUACUGAAGAUGUAUGAGAUGGACGAAUUAAGGAUACAAAAUGACUUAGAGGCUGCAAAUAUAGAUGUUGGGUUUGAGGUUCCUCAUGAUUUUACACAAUGUUCCUUCAUGGAGUUACUUAGUUUUAAUUUGUACAACCAAUGUCAAAAUGAUAAUGGAGACGGGGUUGGUAAUGAUGACUCGGAAGAGAGGUUAGAUGAUGUUCAGGAAGUUGAUAAAAAUGAUAAAGUAGGGAAGAAGAAUGGUGAUCAACCUAUUGAGGCAGAGGAGGGAAUUCCUGAUUUUCUUUUUGAGGACCUAGAAUUAUCUGAUGAGGAAGGUUUAUUUGAUGACACUGAUGAUCAAAGGUGUAAUAAGGUGAAGUUGACCUUGCUAAAGAAAAAAGAGAGGGAGCUGAGAGAUAAAAGGGUCAAGAAGAAGAAAAAUGGUGUUGAUACUGAAAGAGGCAAUGGUGAUACUGAAGAUGCAUUUAGUGAUGUGGAGGAUGAAGAAAUAAGUUGUCUAGAUGAUAAUAAAUGUCCAGAGUUUAAGUCUGAUUCUGAGAUGGAGAAAUUUGUACUAGAGCCUAUGCUAAAGUUCAAGAAUGACAAAGAGUACAGGAUGGUCAUCAGAGAUUAUUCAGUGAGGCAUGACAUUCAGCUUGAGUUUAUGAAGAAUGAGCAUAAUAGAAUUUUAGUCAAGUGUCAGACAUGCGACAAUUGGAGAGGCACAGGAUCAAACAACAUGUCAAGGAUGUACCCGUGGAGCCUCUACAAGGGAUGGAACGACAACAUAAUUCCAAUUGCUUUUGCAAUAGUGCCCGUGGAGAACAAUUUAAACUGGAGUUGGUUUUUACAUCACUUGCAUAUAGUAAUUGGUGAUCCCGUGGAGAAGGGAAUAUGCUACAUUAGUGAUAGACAAAAAGGUUUGUUAGAGGUAUUCAAGAAGGAGUAUCCAAAGGUGCAUCACAGAUUCUGUCUAAGGCAUAUGUAUGAAAAUUUCAGAAAGAAAUGGUCAAGUUUAGAGCUAAAAGAACUAUUCUGGAGAGCAGCUUCUUGCACGACCGAGGAGGGUUUUAAUAGAGUUAUGAAUGAGAUUAAGGAGAUUGACCCAAAGAUUAGUGAACAACAAACUGCGUUUGAGUGGUUGUCUGGAAUUCCAGCUGUGCAUUGGUCGAGAUGUAUGUUUCCAACUCAUGUUAAGUGUGAUGCACUCACAAAUAAUAUAGCCGAAUCUUGUAAUAGUUAUCUGUUAGAAGCAAGAGGACUUCCAAUCAUUAGCAUGUGUGAGAAUAUUAGGAGCAAAUUGAUGUGUAGGAUCAAUGUAAAGAAAAUAGGAAUUGAGGCAUAUAAUAGAAGUAUGAUUUGCCCUAACAUUAAGAGAAAAAUGAGGAAGAUGAUGGACAAUGCAGUAAAUUGGAGUGUAAUGCCUGCUAGUUUGGAAGAGUUCCAGGUGAUGAAAGACGAUGUCACUCAUGUGGUUAAGUUCAGUUCAAAGGAGUGCACUUGCAGGAAGUAUCAACUCACUGGUGUCCCAUGUUUGCAUGCAUUAGCCGUGUGUCACAGGUUCAGAUAUAAUGAAGAUCUCUACGUGGACAAAUACUUCUACGUUGCCACAUAUAAAAAGGCAUAUGGGAAUGUUAUUCACCCUGUACCAGGUUCACAUAACUAUGUCAACACGUUAUAUACACCGUUGCUACCUUGUGUUGUUAAAAGAAAGAUUGGAAGACCCAAGAAAAACAGAAGAAAAUCUGCACAGGAAGAGGAGGAUGUGAGAAAGUCAACAAGGAAAGGAUUGACUGUUACAUGUGCAAAUUGUGGUAAACAAGGUCAUAACAAGAGGUUUUGUAAGAAGGAACCAAACACACAAAAUUCUAUUAAGCCAAGAAAAAGGGGCAAACCAAGUAAAAAUAAUAAAGAAACUGAAGCACAAGGCCAAAGAACUACAUAUGAGAACAUCAUCACUAAUGGCACCAUGCCUUCACAGCAAGCUAUAAGAGGUCUACCACUGGAGAGGAACUUAUCUCUAAACCAUGGGCAAACAUGAUGGCAUUAUUGGAUCUUGGUUGAUUACUGGAUUGUAUUAUGUAUUUUAUGAUGUCUUUCGAAGAACAUCUAUUUUUUUACCUUUUAAAAUUUGGUGUUGAUGUUCACAUUGUGAAAGUACUGUUUGAAUUAUCAUGCUCUAUGAAAUGAAAUUGUUUUGGUGCAUAAUUCUUCUGUUGUGAUUUUUUUGAAUUGAUCUGAUGUAUAUUGGCACUUGAUGUUGAGUGAAUAAUGUUCUAUGAAAUGUUUUAUAAAAUGGAUGUAUAAUGGCAUAGAUAUUGAGUGAAUAAUUUUUCUACCAUGAU